AUGGCGCUUAAGCUUGAUACGAGUAAGGCCUAUGACUGGGUUGAAUGGUCUUUCUUGAAGGCUAUUAUGUUGAGAAUGGGCUUUUCUGAUGGUUGGAUCUGGUUGAUAUUGGAGUGUGUGGGUUUGGUUAGCUAUAACGUGGUUCAUGGUGGAGAGUGUAUGGUUCAUAUCACUCCCUCAAGAGGGAUUAGACAAGGUGAUCCUUUAUCUCCUUACUUAUUUAUUAUCUGCGCUGAUGGGUUUUCAGGACUUAUUAAAAAGUUUGAAGCUAUGCAUUGGUUACAAGGGUCCAAAGUAGCUCGUGGUGCCCUUGUGGUGUUGUACAUGCUUUUCGCAGAUGGCAGCUACUUAUAUUGUAGGGCUAUUGAAGAAGAAGCUAAUAAGGUGAUUGAAUUAUUAGAAAAGUUUGAACUUGCUUCAGAGCAGAAGUUUAAUCUAAACAAGUCCUUUGUCUUUUUUAGUACCAAUACUGAUCAAAGGACGCAAAUUGUGGUCCUAGACAUAUUAAAUAUGUUAGAGGCAUUAGAGAGGAGCACAUAUUUUGGUCUUCUGAGUAUGCUUGGAAGGAAUAAAAUGGUUGUGCUUGGCCUUAUUAAAGAGAAGGUGCAUAAGAGGCUUCAAGGGUGGGACAAUAAAUUUCUAUCAAGAGCAGGCAAGGAAAUAUUGCUUAAAAUUGUUGCCCAAUCUCUCCCUAUGUAUGCUAUGAGUGUAUUUUUGCUUCCUCUUGAUUUGUGUAAGGAUGUGGAUAGACUAAUGAGUAUAUUCUGGUGGCAUUCUGGGUCGGCUCAAAGGAAAUGUAUUCAUUGGAAAAACUGGGAUAAAUUGUGCUUGCAUAAAAGUAAAGGUGGGCUAGGCUUUCGUAACCCCAGAGACUUCAAUUUGGCAAUGUUAGGAAAGCAAGGGUGGAGAUUUCUUUCUAACAAUACCUCUUUGAGAGUGGUCAAGUUAGGAGCAAGGUGGAGAGUGGGGUUUGGAUCUUCUAUUGAUAUUUUGGGGCAACCUUGGCUUCCACACAUGGAAAAUCCUUUUAUUACUACCCCUAAUGGGGAUCUUCAUGGUUUCAAAGUCAAUAGUUUGUUUAAAGUAGAUGCAGUUGAGUGGGAUGAGGAUAUUGUGGAAGACAUGUUUGUUCAAAGGGAUAAAUACUCAUUUAUAGUAUUCCCAUUGAUUCUCAUGGGGAAUCUGACUCUUGGUAUUGGUGUAAGGAGUCCUCUAGAAUUUAUUUGGAACGAGUUAAUUUGGAACAACAAAAGUUCAUUUAUAGAGCUAGUGGUUCAAUCGGCAGUUAUGUACCUAGAACAAUGGGAUAACGCUCAAGAGAAGGGCAAUGUGACCCUUGAUUAUUCAGUGGCUUCUUCGGCUGGAUUUAAUGAGCAUUGGACUAAACCAGAUGUUGGUGUUGUUAAGGUUAACUAUGAUGCUGCUAUCUUCGCCCUUGAGAAUAAGUUUGGAAUUGGGUGGCUUGCUAGGAAUCAUGAUGGUGAUCUGAUUGAAGUUGUGUCGUUGAAUAGAUUAGGGAUUCUUGAACCUCUGCUAGCGGAGGCUAUAGGAAUGAAGGAGGUCCUAAGUUGGUUGAAGAGGAAGAGAAAUGAAGACAACUCUCCCUCCAGUCUUUGGACACAAAAUAUUUUUGUUGAAACAGAUUGUCUAGUGUUAAUGAAUGCUCUUUGUCAAUCAGCUCAUUUGAUAUCUCCUUUAGGGCUUGUUAUUUCUAGUUGUAAAAGAUUGCUCAAUGAUCUUUGUAAUGUUUCAAUUUCUUUUGUCAAGUAG